CCUGGCAAGAAUAUGGAGACUGGAAUGUAAAUUCCACGCAAAUCUUGAAUGAUAUUCGUUGUUCAUAAGAAUAUAUCACAGAUAUUCCUUCUCCACUGAUCAUCUCACUGGUAUAUAUUCAACUUUUUAAGUUCAUCACAACGUUCUCUUUCACCCCCUCUCUCUGCUUCCUUCUGUGCUGAUUUGCAUAUAAAUUUAGUAAUGUUGUAUAAAGUUGCUAGCCCGUCGGAGUAUCUGGUGAUAACCGGAGUUGGCAUCUCAGACAUAAAGCUUGCCAAAAAGGGAUGGAUCCUCCCCGGCCAGUCGUGUUCUGUCUUCGAUGUUUCACCGGUCAACUACACCUUCGAAGUCCAAGCUAUGAGUGCAGAGAAGCUCCCUUUUGUCCUUCCUGCUGUCUUCACUAUUGGCCCUCGUGUAGAUGAUGAGCAAAGCCUCUUCAGAUACGCGAAGCUAAUAUCUCCACACGACAAACUUUCUAACCAUGUUAAAGAGCUUGUCCAGGGUAUCAUUGAAGGUGAAACUAGAGUCCUCGCUGCUUCCAUGACCAUGGAAGAGAUUUUCAAAGGAACUAAAGACUUUAAACAGGAAGUGUUUGAGAAAGUUCAGCUUGAACUUAAUCAGUUUGGAUUGUUAAUAUAUAAUGCUAAUGUUAAACAACUUGUCGAUGUUCCUGGGCAUGAGUACUUCUCUUACUUGGGUCAAAAGACUCAAAUGGAGGCUGCAAAUCAAGCUAGAAUUGAUGUAGCAGAGGCGAAAAUGAAGGGAGAGAUAGGAUCAAAGCAAAGGGAAGGUCGGACACAACAAAAUGCGGCGAAAAUCGAUGCAGAAACGAAGAUAAUAGCGACACAACGACAAGGAGAUGGGAAGAAGGAGGAGAUAAAGGUGAAGACUGAGGUUAAGAUUUAUGAGAACCAUAGAGAAGCAGAGGUUGCAGAGGCCAACGCUGAUUUGGCAAAGAAGAAGGCCGGAUGGUCCAUGGAGGCGCAGGUGGCAGAGGUGGAAGCAACAAAGGCUGUGUCACUGAGGGAUGCUGAAUUGCAAAUGGAGGUGGAGAGAAUGAAUGCUUUGACUAGAACUGAGAAGCUUAAGGCUGAGUUUCUAAGCAAGGCUAGUGUGGAGUAUGAAACCAAGGUUCAAGAAGCAAACUGGGAGCUGUAUAGGAAACAGAAAGCAGCAGAAGCAAUUCUCUACGAAAAGGAGAAAGAGGCUGAUGCACAAAAAGCAAUAGCAGAUGCAACAUUCUAUUCCAGACAACAAGUUGCUGAUGGAGAACUAUAUGCCAAGCAAAAGGAAGCUGAAGGGCUUGUAGCACUUGCACAAGCACAAGGAGUCUAUCUACGCACCCUUCUAGACGCAUUAGGCGGCAAUUAUGCUGCAUUAAGAGAUUACUUAAUGAUCAACAGCGGAAUGUAUCGAGAGAUUGCUAAGAUAAACUCAGACGCAGUUCAAGGGCUGCAGCCAAAAAUCAGCAUUUGGACUAAUGGAAACAGCGGGGAGACAAACGAUGGAGCUGGGGCAGGCAAUGCAAUGAAGGAGGUUGCUGGAGUUUAUAAGAUGCUACCACCAUUGUUUCAGACUGUUCAAGAGCAAACUGGAAUGCUGCCACCGGCAUGGAUGGGCUCAUUAACCGACUCUAGCAACUCUAAUGUGAAAUGAACCGUGCUUGCGGCAGAUUGGUGAGCUUGUGAAUUUGUAACAUGAACAAGCACUCAAUUUCCUCUCCGACUACUUGUGUGAAUGUGUAUGCGUCUGUUUUUUUGUUGCGAAUAAUUUGGUUAAUAUUUUCUUAUGUAAUCAAAUGAAUGUAAUUCUUAUAAUUCCUUUAUUUCCUUUUCUAUCAAGCCUGGUUUAAAUGUAAACACAAAGGUAUAAAUAGGAAGGGGAGAAGAUAUUAAAUUAUGAAA